CACACUACCGCCAAUGAAACUUGCAGAUCCCAUCGUUCUCGGAGCGACUAUUGGUCGAUGGCCGAGACCAAGGGCAUGCACGAGCAGACCACCGGGUGCCUCCCCGUCGACCAGUCCUGCUUCGCGCUCUCCCGGCUGUCCAGCGCCUACCGCAACAGCAGCAACGCCCGCAACAACGACCCUGCCUGCUGCUCCACCACCUCCUACCUCGAGGUCCUCGGCAUCUCCUUCGCGUCGCUGCUCAUCAUCCUCUUCGUGCUCUGCAUGAUACGCUGCUACCUCAUGCGGCGGGCCGUGAACCGGGUCACGGUGGGGUCGGCGGCGGCGGUCAAGAAGCGGCCCGUUGGCCUUGGGGAGGACGCCAUCGCGGCGCUGCCAAAGUUCGAGUACCGGGACACCGGCGACGAGAGCGACCGGUGGGAGUGCGCGAUAUGCCUCUGCACGAUGGCCGACGGCGAGGUCGCCAGGCAGCUGCCCAGGUGCAUGCACGUCUUCCACCGGACCUGCGUCGACAUGUGGCUCGUGGCGCACACCACAUGCCCCGUCUGCCGGGCCGAGGUGGUCAAGCCGGCGGAUGACAACCACAGUUGCGCGAAGAGGCCGGCCGCGGAGGCGGAGGCCGGGCCUUCGUCCGCCUCGGCGUCGGCGUUAUUACAGGAUGGCGAGAGGGAUUUGGAGGCGCAAUUGUAGCGUGACAGGCGCAGGUUCUAGCUUAUGCACUUUAGAAUUUUUGUAGGUGUAAACAGUUUCUCUUUUUGGCACCCCGUUUAGGGAGGUGAUCCGUUUGAUUUCAUUCAACCGGUUUUCAGGAAAAGAAAAACAUGGAGAAUAAAAGGAUAAAUUCUAGGUA